AUGUGUCUUACGAGAACUUUCAGUGCUCUAUCAAAGUUGCUUCGAUUUUUUCUGCAUCGCAUUUCAAGCAGAGAAGCUCAUGUCUAUGAACCAGACAGAAAUGUUCUGCGGAGGAAAGAAUGGGAGAGGAGAAAUCAGGAGGCACAGCAGGAAGAUGGUUCAUUUAAUACCAGUUACUCCCUCUUCAGUGAACCGUACAAGACUAACAAGGGAGAUGAGCUCUCAAAUCGUAUCCAGAAUACAUUAGGCAACUAUGAUGAAAUGAAGGACUUAUUGACGGAUCGAUCCAACCAGAGUCAUCUUGUUGGAGUUCCAAAACCUGGGAUUCCACAGGCACCUGUGAACAAAACUGAUGAACAUUUUAUUGCAGAUUCAAGACCACAGCCUCAGCCUUCCAUCUGCAGCACUUCAUCAUCCAUACCAGCAGCUCUAUCUGCUCAGCAAAGCAAGAGCCCCACAAUGGGUUGGCAGAAAGCUGGGCACAAUGCUUCUGAUGGACAGCAGAGGGCAAGCAAGCAAGGUACUUUAAGAUCCGUGCUUGGAGACAGUGUCAGCAAAGCACAACAGCAGUCCAAAUUAAAUUGCAGUGUAGAAGCAGGAUCUCAGGCUCAAGAAAGGCCAGCAAAACACAGCACUGGGCACUGUGUUCAGAACUUCCCUCCUUCACUUGCUUCAAAGCCCAAUAUAGUUCAACAGAAACCAACGGCUUAUGUAAGACCAAUGGAUGGUCAAGAUCAGGCUCCUGAUGAUUCUCCAAAGCUAAAGUUAUCGGCAGAAGCUAAAAUGCACUGUACAUCAUAUAGGGGAGUACCUUCUAAUAAGCCUGACCCAGCUAUGGCCAAGACCAAGAUGGCAAAAUUUAACAUUCCCAAGCAAGAAGAGGAGAGUGAAACAGGAGAUAACAGCUGUAUUGAAGAAAUUUUGUGGGAGAUGACCCAUUCUUGGCCUCCCCCACUCUCAGCUAUUCACACACCUGGAAAAGUGGAACAGAGCAAGUUUCCAUUUGCAAACAAGGAGUCGCAGCAGGUGUCUACAGGACACAGCAAUCCAAGGAAAGGUGAUGCUGAGCCAAAGAAUCCAGAAAACAGUGCAUCACAUACAUCAAUGCUAGAAGAUGACCUCAAGUUAAGUAGUGAUGAAGAAGAGAAUAAUCAGCAGGCAGCACAGAGAUCUGCUCUCCGCGUUCUGUCUGACAGCAUUGUCGUGCCGCAGCCCAGUAGCAGAACCUCGGGGCUCUCCAGCAAGAGGUCAAGCAGCAGCAGCUCCAGUGAAUCCGAGAGCAGUUCCGAAUCUGACUCAGAGAGUGAAAGCAGUUCCAGUGAGAGUGACGGCAGCAAGCCCUCUCAUUACUCCAGCCCAGAGCCUGAGCAGCCAUCAUCAAACAAGUGGCAGUUGGAUAAAUGGCUAAAUAAAGUUAAUCCUCACAAAACAUCUAUUCUUAACCAAAAUGAUAACCAUGGACUGGAGAGCAAUCAGUAUUACAGCAGAAUAAAGGAUGAAGGACAGGAGUGUGAAAAAAUAUCAGCUAUUUGCCAAACUGACCUUAGAGACAAGGAAAUUAAGAACCCCAGCAAAGAGGAGUUGAGGCCUAGAACUGCUAAUAAAGCACCAGGAAAUAAAGGAGGGAAGCAGAAAUCACCUCCUACGGCUGCUGCUGUUUCUGGAGACAGCGGCCCUCAGAGAAGGACGACUUGUAAAAAACAGCCAAGAAGAACAGAGAGGACCUCUGGUGGGGAUGCCUUGAACUGCCAUACAUCUGAGGAUCUCGCUUUGAGCCAAGUAUUUUUGGAAAAUAACAUCUGUGAACAACCUAAAGCCAGGCCCUGCAACAACAGAACUGGGCACAGAAAAGAGCCCCGCUCUGUCGCUGCGUGUGAAAAGAGACGUACCAGAGGGCCAAGCAAAACUGCCCCCAAAUCCAAGGAAUUUAUCGAGACGGAGUCUUCGUCUUCAUCAUCUUCCUCAGAUUCAGAUUCAGAAUCCGAACAAGAGGAAUAUCCUCUGCCCAAACCUCAAACUGUGGCCUCUGCUUCAGGUGGGAGUGAUCAGAGGUUGAAGGACUCCGUGAGCAGUAACACCAACAAAACUAACAGCAGCUGCAGUGCCUUUGGCUCCAUUAAUGCCAGGACUAGUAAUGAUAUAGCAAAGGAGCUGGAGGAACAGUUUUAUACUCUAGUUCCUUUUGGCAGGAAUGAGCUCCUGUCUCCUCUGAAAGACAGUGAUGAGGUAAAAUCACUAUGGGUCAAAAUUGAUUUGACUCUUUUGUCCAGAGUUCCAGAGCGUUUACCUGAGGAGUCACUGGCAAUGAGCACUGGAGGAAAAGAAGAAGCCAGCCUUCAGCAGAAUAAUUGUACUUACCCACCAGCAGAAAAGGUUGUGCCAAAAUCUAGAAGGAAACGCAAGUGUGAAAAUGAAGAGGAGGACAGGGAGAUCAAGAAGACUCAUUUAGAGCGAGAGUGUUCUUCACAAUUAAUUGCCUCUGCCCCAGGUAUUUCAACAGCAAAUCAUUGCAACAGGAAUGAACAUAGCUUGGCGAUACCAAUAAAUAAAAAUGAGAAAAUGCUUCGGUCACCCAUCUCACCUCUCUCUGAUGCAUCAAAACACAAAUACUCCACUGAUGAUUUAACUUCUUCCAGUAGACCUAAUGGCAGCAGUCUAUUACCUUCCUUGUCCUCCAGCAAAAAACAUAAGAGUGAAAUCCAGCCACAGCCACAUCCUGCAAACUGCAAUAAAGCAGUUCACAUCAAUUCAGAAAGUGUUCUCUGCAACAAGCCACCCUCCCAAACAGAGCCUUGGCCAUCUUUAUCCAGGGCACACAAAGACUGCAGAAGAACAAAGCUCAUCUUUGAUGAUAUACCACGCAAUGCAGAUCACUUUAUGCAAGAAGCUAAACGGAAGAAGCAUAAAGCAGACGCGAUGGUGGAGAAAUUUGGAAAGGCACUGAAUUACGCUGAAGCAGCAUUAUCGUUUAUUGAAUGUGGAAAUGCUAUGGAACAAGGCCCCAUGGAAUCUAAAUCCCCUUAUACAAUGUAUUCAGAAACAGUUGAACUUAUCAGGUAUGCUGUGAGACUAAAAACCCACGCAGGCCCUAAUGCCACUCCAGAGGACAAACAGCUAGCAGCAUUAUGUUAUCGCUGUUUGGCACUUCUAUACUGGAGAAUGUUCCGACUCAAAAGAGACCAUGCUGUAAAGUAUUCAAAAGCACUUAUUGAUUAUUUCAAGAAUUCAUCGAAAGCUGCCCAGGCUCCAUCUCCAUGGGGUGCCAGUGGAAAGAGCACAGGAACUCCAUCCCCCAUGUCUCCUAGCCCUUCUCCUGUCAGCUCAGUAGGAUCCCAGGGGAGCACCGGUGCCCCUUCCCCCUCUUCCACUAUCAGCAUUCCACAGCGUAUUCAUCAGAUGGCAGCCAAUCACGUCAGUAUUACCAACAGCAUCCUGCACAGCUAUGACUACUGGGAGAUGGCUGACAAUCUAGCCAAGGAAAAUAGAGAGUUUUUUAAUGAGUUGGAUGCAUUGAUGGGACCUGUCACCCUACACAGCAGUAUGGAGCAUUUAGUUCAGUACACUCAACAAGGACUUCACUGGGUACGGAGUAGUGCUCACGCAAAAGACUGUGUGCCAUUCAAAUGA